AUGGCUUCUCCAGAUCUGGAAUCGAUUCCGCCGCCUUCUUCUUCGAUUCCGGCUCGCUCGAGCUCGAUUCCGUCAUUAUCUAAUCCAAAUUCCAAUCCUCUGUACGUUCACAAUGCGGAUCAUGCCGGUAUCUCUCUUGUCUCUGAAAAACUUACUGGCCUUGGGAACUUUAAUAGCUGGCGUCGCUCGAUGUUACUAGCUUUAGGUGCUCGCAAUAAGGCCGUCUUUGUUACGGGACUCUAUCCGGAUUUAGAUGAGAGUCAUCCUGAUUUUGGUUCUUGGUCGAGAUGCAACAACAUUGUAUGCACGUGGAUAGUGAAUGCCGUUGAUAAGUCCAUUGCUAAGAGUAUCAUGUAUCUUGAUACUGCUCGCCAAAUGUGGCAAGAUAUUCACGACCAGUUCAAACAGAGUGAUGGCCCUCGUACUGCUGAGAUCAAACAACAGAUAUAUGCGGAGACUCAAGGUUCACAGAGCGUCAGUGAGUAUUAUACACGUCUCAAACAGCUUUGGGAGGAGCUUAAGAAUCAUGAGGAUCCGUACACAUGUUGCUGUGGACAUUUGGAUUGUGCUAGUCAUAAGCAGCUUGCCACAAAGGAUGAACAAGAUCGUGUUCUGAAGUUUCUAAUGGGUCUUAAUGACAGCUUCACUGCUACAAGAGGGCAGAUUCUGAUGAUGGAGCCGAAACCACUUCUUGCAAAAGUGUUUAACAUUGUCUCUCAAGAAGAACGUCAACGGUCUAUGAAGUCUACAAGUGGUGUGGCGUUUCAGGCUUCUCAAAUGACUUCUUCUCCGGACUCAGUGGUUGCGGCUUAUGCUGGUGGCUAUAAUAAACAGAGGCCUCGUCCCAUCUGCUCUCACUGUGGUCUUGCAGGACACACGGUAAACCGAUGCUAUAAGCUCCAUGGUUAUCCUCAAGGCUACAAGGCUUCGAACUCCAGCUAUAAGGGACAGAAUCAAUCACAGCCCAAACCUACUGGUGGUUCUCAACAAUGGAACAAGAACACGAACGUGGCUAAUAUGGUUGCUCAGGAUCUUGGGAGUAUCUCUAUGCAUGAUCAACAGGGAACUCACUUGGAGACAGUGACGACAGAACAAGUUCAGCAUCUUCUAAGUGUUCUCAAAGCUAAUUCUAACAGCAAGGAGAACAAUCAUUCUCAGAUUUCAGGGAGCACAAUUUAA